CAGGGAUCCCUGUGGGCCUCUCUCUUUUAUUAUUUUGGCGGGCAUUGAGAAGUUAAUCUUUCUCUACUGGAGCGGCUUCCCUUUUUUUUCACGCUGGGAGGACGCCAACAGGAGUCCUCCAGUUGCCGUGAAGUCUGCCAUGACCAGCUGUGAGCACCCUGACUUCCUGCAGCAGGAUGAUAACAUGCUCAGCUCCCAAGAUGAUGGCCGAGGCAAGAAGAAGGAUGGUCAGCCUGGGAGUCCCAGCAGCAGCCACCUGGCCUAUGGCAUCUUAGACGUCCCACCAUGGUAUCUCUGCAUCCUCUUGGGGAUCCAGCACUUCCUUACGGCCCUGGGGGGGCUCGUGGCAGUGCCGCUCAUCCUGGCCAAGGACCUGUGUCUGCAGCAUGACCCCCUGACCAAAAGCUACCUCAUCAGCACCAUGUUCUUUGUCUCUGGCAUCUGUACUCUCCUGCAAGUCUUUUUCGGAGUCAGGCUGCCCAUUCUCCAGGGAGGGUCAUUUGGUUUUGUGGCACCCUCCCUGGCCAUGCUUUCCCUUCCUGCCUGGAAAUGCCCUGAGUGGACACUCAAUGCCAGCCAGGUGAACGCCAGCUCUCCUGAAUUCACCGAGGAAUGGCAGAAGAGGAUCCGAGAGUUGCAGGGUGCCAUCAUGGUCGCUUCCUGUGUCCAGAUUCUAGUGGGCUUCUCAGGCCUCAUUGGCUUCCUCAUGCGCUUCAUUGGCCCCUUGACCAUUGCUCCGACCAUCUCCCUGGUGGCCCUGCCUCUCUUCGAUUCUGCGGGCAAUAAUGCUGGGACCCACUGGGGGAUUGCUGCCAUGACCAUCUUCCUCAUCGUGCUGUUUUCUCAGUACCUGAAAAACGUCGCAGUGCCCAUACCCAUUUAUGGACGAGAGAAGAAGGGUCACACCUCGAAGUUCUACCUGUUUCAGGUCUUCCCUGUGCUGCUGUCGCUCUGCAUCUCAUGGCUCCUCUGCUUCGUGCUCACAGUCACCAAUGCCCUCCCCAAGGACCCCACAGCCUAUGGGUACCAGGCCCGCACCAACACUGAAGCCAAUGUCCUCAGCCAAGCGCCUUGGUUUCGCUUUCCUUACCCAGGACAGUGGGGCCUGCCCACCAUCAGCCCGGCUGGGGUCUUUGGGAUCAUGGCAGGGGUGAUCUCCUCGAUGGUGGAGUCAGUAGGCGAUUAUUAUGCCUGUGCCCGGCUGGUGGGGGCCCCACCCCCUCCGAAACACGCCAUCAACCGUGGCAUCGGCAUUGAGGGCCUUGGCUGCCUGCUGGCAGGGGCGUGGGGGUCAGGGAACGGCACCACCUCAUACAGCGAGAAUGUCGGGGCUCUGGGGAUCACCAAGGUGGGGAGCAGGAUGGUGAUUGUCGCUGCAGGCUGCGUACUGCUCGUGAUGGGAGUAUUUGGGAAGAUUGGGGCUGCAUUUGCAACCAUCCCAACACCUGUGAUUGGAGGCAUGUUCCUGGUGAUGUUCGGGGUCAUCGCUGCUGUGGGGAUUUCCAGUCUGCAGUACGUGGACAUGAACUCGUCCAGGAACAUUUUUGUCUUUGGCUUCUCCAUCUUCUGUGGGCUUACCGUUCCCAACUGGGUGAACAAGAACCCUGAGAUGCUCCAAACAGGGAUUCUCCAACUGGACCAGGUCUUCCAGGUGCUGCUGACUACGAGCAUGUUUGUAGGUGGAUUUCUGGGCUUUCUACUGGACAACACCAUCCCAGGAAGUCCAGAGGAGAGAGGCCUCCUGACAUGGAAUCAAAUCCAUGAGGAGUCUGAGGAGACUGCGAAGGUGUCAGAGGUCUACGGCCUCCCCUGUGGGAUUGGCACAAAGUUCUGCACUUCCUCCUAUACCCGGUACCUCCCCUUCUGGCCCAGACCGGAACAUCAUGGGAAAGAGACAGCCAUUAAAGACUAUGACAUUCAAAAACAACUGCAUAUACAGGGAAAAUUAGAAAGUGACUGUGCAUGUCCAGGGAAAGGCUCAGAAAAGACCUGAGAAGACCUUAAGUUUACACCUAAGGCUGAACUUUGGCAUAGAGAGAGCCUACAACAAGCAACAAAACAAAAACAAUGAAAAAAGACAGUAACAGCAAUAAUAAAAAACCCU